AUGUGUGUUCACUGUCAUCCAGGCCCACCACACAUCAUGAGCACACUCAGUUGGAACUGUCGUGGGCUUGGGAACCCACGAGCCGUUCAGUUCCUAGUUGACAUAUGCAGUCAAAAGCAGCCCAAAUUCUUGUUUUUGUGUGAAACGCUCAGCAAAAAAGAACUGGUGGAGCGGUUACGGGUUCAACUCGGGUUCGAAGGUGGCUUCUCCGUUGAUGCCACAGGCAGAAAAGGAGGCUUAGCUCUCUUUUGGAAAACCUCUGAAGAAGCUAACCUUCUUGGUUUCUCUUCAAAUCAUAUCGACAUUGAAGUAUGUAGCAGUGGCAGACCGAAGUGGCGUCUCACCGGAUUUUAUGGCGAACCAAACAGACGACUGCGUGACCGAACAUGGACUCUGCUUCGAUCUCUGCAUCACGAAUCGUCUCUUCCCUGGUGCAUCAUCAGUGACUUUAACAACAUUUCAAGCCAAAGCGAUAAGAAAGGUGGAUGCCCUUACCCAACAUCUUUAAUCUCUGGCUUUCAAUCGGUCCUUGAUGAGUGCAAUUUAAUUGAUCUGAACCUUCGUGGUUAUCCCUUUACUUGGGAUCGUGGGCGUGGCACUGAUCAUUGUGUUGAAAUUCGUCUCGAUAAAGCUACAAUUGUGAAAGACUACUGGAGCUGUAAUAGUCACCUCUCCCUCUAUGAUAAAAUUAAAUUAUGUGGUGCUACCUUGGAUAAGUGGGGUACGGAGUUGACUGGGAACUUUAAAAAAAGAAUUUCAGCUAGCAAGAAGACAAUGUCUCGGCUGAAGCAGCGACAGGACUUCUUUUCCAAUACCGAAUUCAUCAAUGAACAAAAUAAUUACUUCGAACUCCUAGCCCAGCCAGAAAUCUUUUGGAAACAGAGAUCGAAGCAAUUUUGGCUCCACAAUGUGGAUAAAAACACCAAAUAUUUUCAUGCUGUUGCUAGUGCCAGGAAAAGGAACAAUCAGCUUCAGCACCUUAAAAACUCUGAUGGAGUUUGGACCGACUGGGGAAAUGGCCUAGAUCAGGUUGUUAUCUCUUAUUUCUCUGAUCUGUUUACUGCUCACUAUUCUUUGAAUAAUAAUGUUGUGAAUGAAAUUACUUGCUCCGUGACUGAUGAACAAAAUGAAGAGCUCUUGAAACCAGUUUCUGAAGAGGAAGUUAGAACAACUCUUUUCCAGAUGCACCCUGACAAAGCUCCUGGCCCAGAUGGUAUGGGUCCUGGCUUCUUUCAGAAACAUUGGGAUACUGUACGGUUGGAUGUGGUUAAACUGGUAUCUGACUUCUUUGAUUCGGGUUGCUUUCCUCGUGGACUCAACGAAACAUACUUGGUUCUGAUUCCAAAAAAGAAGAACUCCACUUCUAUGGGUGACUUGCGUCCAAUUUCUCUAUGUAAUGUUGCCUACAAAGUGCUUUCAAAAGUUCUGGCCAACCGUAUGAGAAGUCUCAUUGACCAUGUUAUUUCAGACACACAAAGUGCUUUCAUCCCGGGACGCCUUAUCUCAGAUAAUGUUAUGGUGGCUUUUGAAGUGAUGCACUAUCUAAAGAGGAAAACUAAAGGCCAGAAGAGCUUCAUGGCCCUCAAGCUUGACAUGAGCAAGGCCUAUGACCGUGUGGAGUGGGACUACCUCACACUUGUUAUGACUCGUAUGGGUUUUGCUGAGAGAUGGAUAAAUCUUGUUAUGGCUUGUGUGUCAUCUGUUAGCUAUUUUGUGAUUCAUGGAGGUCAUACUUUGGGUCCUAUCAUUCCCACGAGAGGUAUUCGGCAGGGUGAUCCCCUUUCAACAUAUCUUUUCAUCAUAUGUGCUGAAGGGCUAUCUUCUCUUAUCAAGAAGUUUGAAUCCCAUCGUCUCUUACAAGGAUGCAAGGUUGCUCACGGUGCUCCUUCUAUCACUCAUAUGCUUUUUGUCGACGAUAGCUAUCUGUUUUGUCAAUCAACCCCUAGUGCUGCUGAAAGUGUAUCUAAUUUACUCAACCAAUUUGAAUCCGCAUCUGGCCAAAAGGUGAAUUAUUCAAAGUCCACAGUGUUCUUCAGCCCUAAUACUAGCUCUUCUGCACGUGCUCAGAUUUGUGAUAUUCUCCAUAUGCUUGAAGCCUCUGCGGGAAGUCUCUAUUUGGGGCUACCGAACAUAAUUGGGAGAAACAAAAAUUUUGUUUUAGGAUUUCUAAAGAACAAGGUGAUUUCGAGAAUCAAUAGUUGGGACGGGAAAAUUCUAUCUCGUGCCGGCAAAGAAGUUCUUUUGAAAACUGUUGUCCAAUCGCUCCCUACAUAUGCUAUGAGUGUCUUCCUUCUUCCUGUCGGUACAUGUCAUGAAAUUGAAAAACUCAUGGCUAGUUUUUGGUGGAAAACCUCUUCCAGCAAAGGGAAAGGUAUUAUAUGGAUGUCUUGGGAUUGUAUGGCGGCAGAUAAAUUUGAUGGUGGCAUGGGUUUUCGACAUUUACAUGACUUCAACAUUGCUAUGCUCGCUAAACAAGGUUGGCGAUUGCUUUGUAAUUCUGAAUCUCUUGUUGGGAAGGUUUAUAAAGCUAGAUACUAUCCUCGAUCUGAUUUCCUGUCAGCAGAGUUAGGAAGUAAUCCUAGCUUUGUUUGGAGAAGCAUUUGGAAAACCCAGUCCCUUCUUCGUUUGGGCACCAGAAGAACGAUUGGAUCAGGGAACACAGUCAACAUUCUCAACCACCCGUGGCUCCCUGUGCAGCAGGAUCCAUAUGUUUCUACUAAACACCUUGGUUUGUUGAAUAAACAGGCCAACUCCCUCUUCCAUGAGCAUACCCACUCUUGGGACUCCGAGCUUAUUCGGGAUAUGUUUAACAACCGUGAUGCUGAUAUCAUUCUGGGGAUUCCUUUAAGCUCAAAUACUUCAAAUGAUUCUUGGUCCUGGAUAGGGGAAAGAGAUGGUGAGUUUUCUGUCAAAAGUGCUUAUAAGCUGAUUCAGAACCAAGUAAGUAACGAUGUGGUGGCUGCGAACUCUGGUUUCUGGCGCCAGUUAUGGUGUGCAACUCCAUUAGUUUUUGACCCCGGUGGUUCUUUUGGCAGCUGGUUGGAGAUUAUUUUUAUGAAUGCUGCAGCAGACAAGGUUUGCCUCAUCGCCAUGUACUGCUGGGCAAUUUGGAAAGCCAGGAAUAAGGCAGUAUGGAAUAAAAAGCACUCCACUAUCACUGAUGUUCUUGCAUCUGCCCAAAUAGCUCUUGACCAUUGGAUUAAAGCUCAGGAUAAAACUUCGUUGUCAUCGUUGUGUCUGAAUAACAUCGGUGAUGGCUCUGAGACUUGGACUAAACCUGGUGAAAACAAAAUCAAGAUUAAUGUGGAUGCAGCGCUUUUUGAUAGCGAGAACAAGUACGGCUAUGGUUUAGUUGCCCGGAAUCAUUUUGGUAAUCUUGUUGCAGCCCGUGCUGGCAGUUAUGGUGGCCUUUAUGCAUCUGAAGUCAUUGAGGCUAUGGGAAUUAAGGAGGCCCUCAGCUGGGUCCAGACUAAUAAUUGGCGAUUUGUUGAGAUUGAGACGGACAGCCUUGUUUCUGUACAAGCCAUCCGAAGCAACCACUCCAUGAGAUCCACCUUUGGCCUUCUUAUCAAGGACUGCCAAAUCCUAUUAUCUACCCUUCCUAAUGUCAAGUUAUUUUGGAUAAGACGAUUAGCAAAUCGAGUAGCACAUCAUGUUGCUAGACAUUCUCGAUUUUACCCUGGUUGUAGCAUUUCUGAGUUUUCCAUUACUGCUGAAUUCCAACAUCUUUUGUAUUCAGAAUGCUAA